GUCAACAUUAUUUCUUCUUCUUCUUCUUCUUCAACUCUCAACCUUUCCUCAUUCACAAAAAUGGCAAAAGAUAGAACUAUUGGUGUAGCUUUGGAUUUCUCCAAGAGCAGCAAGAAUGCUCUCAAAUGGGCACUUGAUAAUUUAGCUGAUAAAGGUGACAACAUUUACAUCAUCCACAUCAGCCAUGAUUCUCUUGAUGAAUCUCGUAACCAGCUUUGGGCUCAAUCUGGUUCUCCUCUAAUUCCAUUGAAGGAGUUCAGAGAACCUGAGAUAAUGAAAAAGUAUGGUGUUCAAAUUGAUAUUGAGGUUCUUGAUUUGCUUGACACUGUUUCCAGACAAAAAGAGGUGAAUAUUGUUACAAAAGUGUAUUGGGGUGAUGCAAGAGAGAAACUUUUGGAUGCUGUUGAAGAUCUGAAGCUGGAUUCUCUUGUUAUGGGAAGCAGGGGUCUCAGCACAAUUCAAAGGAUACUAUUGGGAAGUGUAAGCAACUUUGUGAUGACCAAUGCUCCAUGCCCUGUGACUAUUGUGAAGGAUAAUAGCAGCAGCAGCAAGUAAAGAAUUAAAGAUGAUGAAUUUGUGAUUGCAUUUAAAUUUGGAAUGAUCUGUUUGUUGCAUUGUACUUGAGCUCUAUUUAAUCAUCUUCCGUUUCAUCAUGUGAGAUUAUAUAUUUAUAUAUAUUAUGAAUUUAAGACUAUAUAUUUGGUUGACUUUAUUGAAUCAAUAAUGUAAUUGGAGAAUCAUUUUAGGACUCCAAAGUUUUAUUGCUCA